GCCACUACUGCGCAUGUUGCAUGACAGGUACACGCAAGCCUCCAUCUUGGGCAUCCCGAGCUGAGGCGAAAGGGCAGCCGCCAUAUAUACAUAUUCAUCUCAAAAUAACAACAAACCAAGCUUGGGGAGUAAUAAAAAAAAAUUGGCAAAUUGCCGAGAUGUAACUUUUCAUUUUUUAUUUAUUUUUUUUUUAUUUUUUUGCGUCCUUAUAACCCAUUCAACAAAUUGCAUCUGAGGGGAGCGCACGGAGAACAGAAUGGAAAAGAAAGACAGCGACUGGUCUGGAAGCCUCUGUUAACGACUACCUGCACACUCAGCUUUAUUACAGGGUCUAGUUUUGGAAUUUGACAGGUGGCAAAGCCCAAAGGCUUAACUCACAACAGAAUGGGCAUAAAGAAGCUCGCCGUUUUUCUCCUGGUCCUCGUUCUUUGUGUAGAAGGAGGAUCUGCCAAAGAAAAAGGAACAAAGAAGGGCAAAAAGAAAGGGAAGCAGGUUUACUGUCCAUCACAGCUGUCAUCUGAGGAUCUGGCCCGAGUCCCUGCAAAUUCAACCAGUAACAUCUUGAACAGGUUACUGAUCAGCUAUGAUCCUAGAAUAAGGCCCAACUUCAAAGGAAUUCCUGUUGAAGACAGAGUGAACAUCUUCAUCAACAGCUUUGGCUCAAUCCAAGAAACGACCAUGGACUACAGAGUCAACAUCUUCCUGCGACAGCGUUGGAACGACCCCAGACUGAAGCUGCCGCAGGACUUCAAGUCCGACUCCCUCACCGUUGAUCCUAAAAUGUUCAAAUGUCUCUGGAAACCUGACCUGUUCUUCGCUAAUGAGAAGAGCGCUAACUUCCAUGAUGUUACUCAGGAGAACAUUCUUCUGUUCAUCUUCCGUAACGGAGAUGUCCUCAUCAGUAUGAGGUUGUCUAUAACCCUGUCCUGUCCACUGGACCUGACGCUGUUCCCCAUGGACACCCAGAGGUGUAAAAUGCAACUGGAAAGCUUUGGCUACACUACAGACGACCUGCAGUUUAUGUGGCAGACAGGAGACCCGGUGCAAAUGGACGCCAUCGCUCUGCCACAGUUUGACAUCAGACAAGAAGAUAUUGAUUACGGAAACUGCACCAAAUUCUAUGCAGGAACAGGGUACUACACUUGUGUGGAGGUUAUCUUCACCCUUAGGCGACAGGUUGGUUUCUACAUGAUGGGUGUUUACGCCCCCACGCUGCUCAUCGUAGUCCUCUCUUGGCUGUCCUUUUGGAUCAACCCUGAUGCGAGCGCUGCCAGAGUUCCUUUGGGGAUCCUCUCGGUGCUUUCCCUGUCCUCCGAGUGCACCUCCUUGGCCUCGGAGCUUCCUAAGGUGUCCUAUGUCAAGGCCAUCGACAUCUGGCUCAUCGCCUGCCUUCUGUUUGGUUUUGCCUCGCUGGUGGAGUAUGCUGUGGUUCAAGUGAUGCUCAACAGCCCCAAACGCAUCGAGGCAGAGAAGGCAAAGAUAGCAUCCAAGGAGAAGGCCAUGGGAAAGAGUCCGUCCACCAGGAACAACACAGUCAACGGGACCGGGGGGACGCCGCUCCACGUCAGCACCUUACAUGUGGCGGAGACUCGCUGUAAGAAGGUGUGCACUUCCAAGUCAGACCUGCGGACCAAUGACUUCAGCAUCGUGGGUUCGCUCCCACGGGACUUUGAGCUGUCGAACUUUGACUGCUACGGGAAACCCAUCGAAACCGCCGCCGGCCACGGUAAAUCCCAGGCCAAGAACAGCAAGAAACCUCCUCCUCCCAAACCAGUCAUCCCCUCUGCCGCCAAAAGAAUCGACCUUUACGCCAGAGCCCUUUUCCCUUUCUCCUUUCUCUUCUUUAAUGUGGUUUACUGGUCCGUAUACUUGUGAUUAUUCAAAAUCAUGUGUCGUUAACUCCCACUUCACUCCUAUGAAUUAUUUAUUGAUCAGAUUAUAUUUAAAGACUUGAAUUCCAAAGUGAAUACUGAGAAAUGUGAAUUGUUCUCAUGCAAAAUAAUUGCUAAAAUGAAACUUUACUAUGUAUUGAUAUUACAUUUAUACUUAAAAAUAGACAGUUGUUAUCAUUUGUAUAUUAAAGAGGAUUACACCUUAAAGUUUCUUUGUUUAAAAUGAAUACAGCAUCUUAUAUUAGAAUAAUUUAUUUAUUAACAGUAGUAUUUGAGAAGUUAAUAGAGGAUUACAGAUAAUAAAUGUGAUGUAUGGUAUGUAAACGAAUCCACAAAGAGUGAUUGCUAAAGAGCCAAGCAGAAUAUGCACAGAUCUAUAUAAAAGAUCAGCUGUACAUAGCUAUUUGAUUUUUCUGGCCGCUAUGUUGAUUUCAGCUUUAAUGCAAAGUGUAACAUUGUAAUUACCUUGCAUGUUAAAAAAAAAAAAAAAAGAAAAGAAAAAAAGUGCAUGUAUAUGAAAAUAAAAAUAUAAAUAUAUAUAUACAAAAUAUUUAUUAAAUUUUAUUAUUCUUAUAGGUUGCUCUUGAAAAGAUUAUGUGGAUUAAGUAAAGCAAUCAGUUCCUGUCCAGAUGGUCAUGUGACACUGCCACUUCCUCAAACAACUGUAGCGUUUUUCCACCUGUAACAUGUUAAUGAGUCGCUGUUGAGGCGAUUGUGUGUUUGUGAAAUUUAACAGACAAAUAAAUGAUCAAAUGACUUUUCACCAUUUGAUGUGAUUAAAACUCUGCCUACGUAUUUGCAU